AUGACCGCUCCCUGGCGGCGCUUCCGGAGUCUGGUUUGGGAAUACUGGGCCGGGCUCCUCGUGUGCGCCUUCUGGAUCCCGGACUCGCGCGGGAUGCCCCACGUCAUCCGGAUCGGAGGAAUCUUUGAGUAUGUGGAUGGCCCCAACGCCCAGGUCAUGAAUGCUGAGGAACAUGCUUUUCGAUUUUCUGCCAACAUCAUCAACAGGAACAGGACUCUGCUGCCCAACACAACCUUGACCUAUGACAUCCAGAGGAUUCACUUUCAUGACAGCUUCGAGGCCACCAAGAAGGCCUGUGACCAGCUGGCCCUGGGAGUGGUGGCGAUCUUCGGGCCGUCACAGGGCUCUUGCACCAACGCCGUCCAGUCCAUCUGCAAUGCCCUGGAGGUGCCCCACAUCCAGCUGCGCUGGAAACACCACCCACUGGACAACAAGGACACCUUCUACGUGAACCUCUACCCCGACUACGCCUCCCUCAGCCACGCCAUCCUCGACCUGGUCCAGUACCUCAAGUGGCGAUCGGCCACCGUGGUCUACGACGACAGUACAGGGCUCAUCCGACUGCAGGAGCUCAUCAUGGCCCCGUCGAGGUACAACAUCCGCCUGAAGAUCCGCCAGCUCCCCCUUGACUCCGACGACUCGCGCCCCCUGCUCAAAGAGAUGAAGCGGGGCAGGGAAUUUCGCAUCAUCUUCGACUGUAGCCACACCAUGGCCGCCCAGAUCCUCAAGCAGGCCAUGGCCAUGGGCAUGAUGACCGAAUACUACCACUUCAUCUUCACCACGCUGGAUCUGUAUGCGUUAGACCUGGAGCCCUACCGCUACUCAGGGGUGAACCUGACGGGGUUCCGGAUUCUCAACGUGGACAACCCGCACGUCUCGGCCAUCGUGGAAAAGUGGUCCAUGGAGCGGCUGCAGGCAGCUCCCCGGGCAGAGUCCGGCCUGUUGGACGGCGUGAUGAUGACUGACGCGGCCUUGCUGUACGACGCCGUCCACAUCGUGUCCGUGUGCUACCAGAGGGCCCCGCAGAUGACCGUGAACUCCCUGCAGUGCCAUCGGCACAAGGCCUGGCGCUUUGGCGGCCGCUUCAUGAACUUCAUCAAGGAGGCUCAAUGGGAAGGAUUAACUGGACGGAUUGUUUUCAACAAAACCAGUGGCUUACGGACAGAUUUUGAUCUGGACAUCAUCAGCCUGAAGGAGGAUGGCCUGGAGAAGGUUGGUGUGUGGAGUCCUGCGGAGGGGCUCAACAUCACGGAGGUCGCCAAAGGCCGAGGCCCUAAUGUCACUGACUCUCUGACAAACAGGUCGCUCAUCGUCACCACCGUGCUGGUAAGAACCUGCAGCCCCGGAGGAGGGAUGGUGUGA